GCUUCGACCACCCGUCCGCGAACGCGGACACGCGUCGUCCGUAGUUGAUUCAUCUCCUUCUACUUCUUCCACCCCCCUCCUCUCCUUCUCAUCCGAUCUUGAUUAUACGGUGGAAUUGGGGGGAGCGAGAAGACGAACACAGGGGUUCUCGGUCGCGAUCCUCAUAUCGCUCAAGAAGCUCAUCAUGUCAGAAAUGGAUGCCAAAGAACAUUUGAACCAAAGUGAGGAGACUGCCAUGCCAUCUUCUCAACAAGAGGAGGAAGCAAUCAAGAAAAAGUACGGAGGAAUUGUACCCAAAAAGCCACCCCUCAUAUCCAAGGAUCAUGAACGUGCUUACUUUGAUUCAGCCGAUUGGGCUUUAGGAAAGCAGGGAGGACAUGCUCACAAGCCCAAAGGUCCCCUUGAGGCACUCCGUCCAAAGUUGCAGCCCACACAGCAGCAAGCACGUUCUCGCCGCUCGGUGUAUGCAUCUACUGAAAAUGAAGCUGUAGAUGGGGGCAACGCUGCUUCUGAGGAUAUGAGUGAUGAUAACAGUAACAACGAUCAGUGCAUUUGAUGGUGCUUGCUAAAGAUAUCCUGGCUUAGUAGUUUAUGUUCUCGUCUAUGAGGGAUGUCUAGUUUUCACGGUUUAGUACUGAGGGAGCUUUCCUAUUUGAUAUGUGAGAGGUUCUGCGACGUUAGUUGCAGCCUGCACUCAUCCAACUGGAGUUUGUAGUAGUUUGUGAAUUUGAUACAAAUGUAGCCUACAAUGCUUUGUAAUUUCACAGAACAUGCGCUGUUUUCAAUAUUAUUAUAAGUGAAAAUUUGCUGUUUAUGGUAAA